AACUCGGAGCUGACGGCUGCUGCUGCCCUCAGACCAGCCACUCUCCCAUGGUGGUGACCUCUCGGCUCCAGGAGUAUCAGGAGGCUGUGUUACAGUCCUGUCGCUAAGGCAACCGGCGGAGCUUUGCGUCCUCACACGGGCAGGACUUUCCUUCUUGCAGUCCCAACAGCCGGAAGGAAGAUGAGCCAGAGGGUCACCUUUGGCGAGCUGGUCAAUUUGGCCAUCGGGACCCCUGAACUGGGCAACGUCAACUUCAAUGCCCUCCAUUUCUUGCUGCACAGCAUGCUGCAGCAUUUCAACCUGCAAGACGUGCAGAAAGAAGUCAGCGAGGAGGAGCUGGAGUUUAUCAAGCCGCCCCCGAGAAGCUCCGUCCCCAAAUCCCCGUCCCAAACGGACACGUCCUUGAGGAGAACCAGCUCCAUCUUCCACCAGAUGCACGAGAGAAUCAUCUCCAUAGAGAAGCAGUUGCUCUUCUUGAAUGAUACGCCCACCACAACCGAGCUGCUGUCGCGCACCGAGGCCGGCACCUUUGCCCAGCCUGCCCAGGACAUGUGGCAGCUGAUGCAGCUGAAGAAGAAGAUGGAAAUAAACGAGGAAGGGAUGACUAAGGCCAUGAACACGCUGCAGGAUUUGCUGAGCAACAUCUGUGCCCUGAAAGUCAGCACCGAGAACUUCAAGCAAGAGCUGGAGAACAUGAAAGGCACCUUUGAGAAACUGGACAUAGACAAGAUGCUGCAGCAGCUUGGACAGAUGGAUGGUCAGGCCAAGGUGAUUCAGGAGCUCCAGCAGCAAUUGAACUCUAUGAAGGCAAAGACCAGCUCGAUGCCUGUCUUGUCUGACCUGGUGCAGUGGGGCACUCUCUGUGAAAGACUCCAGGGCAAGAGUUUUCCAGCGAUGGAGAAGGAGGCCACAGACAGAUUGUCCAAGGAGAUGCUGGCUUCUUUGGGGCAGCUGCCGGAGCAGCACAAGGAACUUGCGACCCGAGUCACUUCACUGGAGAAGAAGCUGAAGUGCCAAGCUGAGCAGCCAAAACCUUCUGAAAUCGUGGGUGAUGACGGGAUGGAAACGACAUCGCUGACAUCACUGACGGAGCGUGUGAAUUCCCUGGAGAGUUGCGACCUGCAGAGGAAGGAAUCCCUGAAAGGCAUCCUGGACGAGAUCCCGAAGCUGAAAGAACAAUAUGAGGCCCUGGAGAGGGCAGUGGAAAAGGUGAAGAGGAACUCGUCCAACAUCCAGAACACAUACAAAAUAUGUUGGAACAACUGGACAUCACAAAAGCCGACAAGGCCCUUAUCCGGGAGGAGAUGAAUGUGAAAGCUGGACAAGAGGCGCCUGGGAGGCCAAAGUGAGCUCCACGUGGAGCUGAGGCUUACGGCCAGCCACACGCCCAGCUGAGCGAGAUGAUGCAGGACUUGCUGCAGAAGAUGUCCCUCCAGGACAAGGACUGGCAGAGGGCCCUGGAGAAGCUCUUUACUGACAUGGACUGCAAGGUGGGGACGGCGGUUGCCCCAUCCUGAGCAGCCCAGGUUACCACUGGCCACCUGCUCUGCAGAGCCAGGCCAGCUAUGGAUCUGGGGGGAGGGGUGUCCUGGGCAGAGAGUUUCCUUCCCAACCCACUUCACCCAUGGAGUCUCCCCUCCC